GGGUCAUCGUUAUCGUUAUCGCAAGGGAAUGCUCAAGGAGGAGAAUCAUCUGGAGCGAUGAAGGAGCUUGUAACUCAGCUGCUCGCAAAAGAGGAGGCGAAAGCGGCAAGGAGGAAAGCGAAGGAAAAGAAAGAAAAGGAGGAGAAGGAGAAAAAACUGAAGGAGCAGCAAAGAAAGGAGGAAGAGGAGAAGAAAGAACUGGAGCGAAAGGAGAACGAACAGCGGCUGUCAAGGAUUGUCAAGGAACAAUUGGCGGAGUGGGGACCACCACUGAGAGCUGUUCCAAGAACCAGCAGGAGUGAAAGAGGGAGAAGCACGCAUAGAUGGCGGCCGCGAAGGAUACCAUACGUACCCGACGGAUGGGCAAUAUCGGAUGACGACGUUGAAGGCCUGAGGGAAAAAACGGCGGACCUCUGCUUACGUACUGAGAAGCGCAAGAGGGAGACAAGGGAAGAGGAGUCCUUGUCCACGCCACCAUCCAUCCUGAUGAUGAUGACAAAACCCUCACCCUGUGGUGAUGUCGAAGCACGCCCUGUUGAUGAUGAUGGUGAUAACUAUGAUGAUGACGAGCAACACCCUGACGAGCAGCCUCCUGGUGAUGAUGACGAAACCCUUACCAUGGUGGCGCUAUCGAACUACACCCUAUUGAUGAUGAUGAUGAUGAUUCCAAGCAGCUCCAGUGCAACGAUGCCAGAUGAUGUCGUUGAAGAGGAUGACAACCCAUGCGCACUUCAGGUCCCAAGGGCUGACUCCGCUGUGCUCCACAGGCACGGACUAACCCAACGCCUCAUGGCCCUUUGCCACGGGCAAAACCGCAGCGGCGAUGGGGCAAAACGUGAAACCCCCGAGUUACCGUCGAGGGUCGGUCUAUCCUCCACGUCAGCCAGUGACGUGGCCUAGACCAGUGCCUCCAGGCCCUGCGCGUGCGCUAUGCGCUGGAAUUGCCGGCUGGAAGAUCACCACCUCCUGCCAUCGCCCCGAUAUUGCGCUCCAGCUUAGAACUCCGCCGUGGUUGAUGCCGGGGCGCAGCGCUCCCAGUAGCGCUGCGCCCCUAUCGUUCGACCCAGCUAAUUGUAAUAAACAACAAAAGCACAAUUACCGC